GAGACCCGAGGGGACAGACAGAAAAGCAAGCAAGAAAGACGAAGGGACAUGGAACAGACAGAAGGGGGUCCCUCUGAGGAUGGGACCACUGUCUCCCCAACUGCUGGGAAUCCCGGGACACCAGGAAGUCAAGGUACGGCAGAAGAGGUGGCCAAAGGCACAGUGGGGACAAGUGACAAUGAAGGGCCUCCAGAUGGGGCAGAACACGCGUGUAAAGCUGUGUCUGAAGGUGGCCUGCCAGAGGGAUGCCCGGGGGAAGCAACUGUAUUAGACCUCAACAUAGACUUGCAAGGCGCGGCCUGUGGGAAGGAGGGAGCCAAGGCUGGCCUCGCGGAGGAGGAGGGUGCGAAGGGAGCCACUGCAGUGGCUUCUCAAGAAGACAUGGGCAAGAAAGAAGAGACAAAACCUGAACCCAGCGAGGAUGAGAGGAAAGAGGAAGUUGUGCUGGCCUCGGAGAAGCAGAAGGACGAUGAGAAAGAGGCCAAUCUGGAAUCUCAGGAGAAACUGGAUGGGAACGAUAAGGCUAAGCCUGAACCCAAGGAGGGUGCUGGGGCAGAGGGUACUGUCAAAGAGGCUGAGGCUGAAUCUCAGAAGAAGGCUGAUGUGAAAGACCAGGCCAAGGCUGAGCUCCCGGAAGUCGAUGGGAAAGAGAUGGAGGGUGACACAAAGGAGCUGGCAGAGCCAGAGAGUCCUACUGAAGAGCAGGAACAGGCUAAGGAAAACGAACCAGAAGAAAGGACCGCGGCGGUUCCCAGCUCUCCCGAGGAGUGGCCUGAGAGCCCGACAGAUGAGGGACCCGGCCUCAGCCCAGACGGCUUGGUUCCAGACUCUACAGCGUCUGGAGAGACCAGUCCUUCCGCCAGUGAAUCUUCGCCCAGCGAGGUGCCCCAGGGCCCCUCGGAGCCCCCACCCACGGAGGAAAAGAAGGGAAGGGCACCGGAACGCAGGCUGUCGGCCCCCACCCGGCCACGGGGACCCCGUGCGCAGAAUCGGAAAGCCAUCAUGGACAAGUUUGGCGGGGCAGCCUCUGGCCCCACUGCGCUGUUCCGGAACACAAAGGCAGCCGGGGCAGCCGUUGGCAGUGUGAAGAACAUGCUUCUGGAGUGGUGCCGGGCCAUGACGAGAAACUACGAGCACGUGGACAUCCAGAACUUCUCCUCCAGCUGGAGCAGCGGCAUGGCCUUCUGCGCCCUCAUCCACAAGUUUUUCCCAGACGCCUUUGACUACACAGAGCUGGACCCAACAAAGCGCAGGCACAACUUCACCCUGGCCUUCUCCACUGCAGAGAAACUAGCGGACUGCGCCCAGCUGCUGGAGGUGGAUGACAUGGUGCGGCUGGCAGUGCCCGACUCCAAGUGUGUCUACACCUACGUCCAGGAGCUGUACAGGAGCCUUGUGCAGAAAGGGCUGGUGAAGACGAAAAAGAAAUGAAUGGUGAAGCUGUGUGGGUGGAGGAAGCCACCAGCGCACAGCUGUGGC